AUGGGUAAAAUAGCAUCUUCUAAGAAGUCCAACUCAGAUGCCGCGGCCAAGACCUCGGUAUUCAAGAUGAAUACAGAUCUUGGUCAGCAUAUACUUAAAAAUCCUCUUGUUGCACAGGGAAUUGUAGACAAAGCUGAUAUAAAGCCAUCAGAUACCGUUCUAGAAGUUGGUCCAGGUACUGGUAACCUGACAGUCAGAAUCUUAGAAAAGGCACGAAAAGUAAUCGCUGUAGAAAUGGACCCUCGUAUGGCGGCCGAAUUAACUAAGCGUGUUCAAGGCAAACCUGAACAAAAGAAACUUGAAAUUAUGCUGGGCGAUUGUAUCAAGACUGAUCUCCCUUAUUUCGAUAUUUGCAUUUCCAACACUCCAUAUCAGAUUUCAUCACCCCUGGUGUUCAAACUUUUGAACCAACCUCGUCCUCCAAGAGUGUCAAUCCUCAUGUUUCAAAGAGAAUUUGCAUUGCGGUUGUUAGCUCGUCCUGGCGAUACUUUGUACUGUAGAUUAUCAGUCAAUGUACAAAUGUGGGCUAAAGUCACUCAUAUCAUGAAAGUUGGUAGAAAUAAUUUCAGACCCCCACCACAAGUUGAGUCGUCAGUUGUAAGGAUUGAAAUCAAACAACCUCGUCCCCAGGUUGAUUUUAAUGAAUGGGACGGUCUUCUCAGAAUCUGUUUCGUACGUAAGAACCGAACAAUUUCCGCUGGUUUUAAAUCAGCUCAGGUUAUGGCUAUUCUUGAAAAGAAUUAUAAAGCGUACUUAUCAGAAUACGGCCCUACUCCAGAUGAUAUCGAAGCCAGUCAAAACGGAGAAGCAGAUCAAGAUGUAGAAAUGGAAAUCGAUGAUGGAAAUUCCACUAAGAAGCAGAAGGCAACUGGAUUAUCGGCUGUAGUAUUGCGCAAGGUGGAAAGAGUUCUUAAACAGACUGAAAUGGGUGAGAAGAGAUCAGGGAAAUGCGAUGAAACAGACUUUCUGAAACUUUUGUAUGCAUUCCACAAGGUGGGAAUUCACUUUGCGUAA